AUGACUCUCAUUCACAUGGUUAUGUUUAAGUUCCGCCCUGAGAUUACUCAGGAGCACAAGGAUACUUUCGUACGUGAGCUCAAGAAAUUGAAGAAUCUUGAUUGCGUUAAGGGGCACCGGCUCGUUGUUGGUGGCCCAUCCGUUACCGAUCCUAUCGAGCGAAGCCAGGGCUUCCAUUACGCCCUUCUUAGCUUCCACGAGAAUCUUGCUGCCUUAGAAGAAUAUCAAGCAAGCAAGGAGCAUCACUGGGUGACAAUCACUUAUAUGUUUCCUUACAAGGAAGACUUAAUCCGAUUUGAUUUCGAGUGUGAACCAGAAGACGAGCACAUGUGGCAAUUUAUGUCUAUUCCGGGAUUUAAUGGCACGAAACCUCAGAACGGAGUCUAA